AUGACCGGCCAACGGUAUGCAGUGAUGCUGUCCGACCGCAUCGAGAUCAUCACCAUCAUGCAUCAGGCCGCCACGGCGCAGCAGGCGCCCCGCAGCGCCGCGGAGUGCUGCGCCUUUCUGCGGCGCCUCGCCGCAGGAAGCCGCCCAGAGUGGCUGUGGAGCCUGGACGACGCCAAGCUCCCGAGCUUCGAAGAGCAGCAGCGGGCGCAGCUUCUGAGCCUGCCUGCGCCCAAAGUGAUGCCCGGGCGGUGGGCCCUGGGCCUCCUGCAGUUCCUGGCGCUGCAACUUCGGGAGGUCUGGGCGCAGCGUUUAGUGCAGCGACAGGCCGUAGCGGUGGAUGUAGCCUCCGUGCUUGGCUUCUGCAGCAAGCGGCGAAGAUGCUCGGCGUCGUCUGUCCUCACAAUCGGCGAGGCUUUGGCUCGCAAGAUCUCCACUGAGCUGCAGCCGGUGAUCCAAUACGCCAGGGAGGGGCUCUCCAGAGACGCCUGCAGCGCGCAGGUGGCGCCAAGCUCUGUGGUGGAGCGUUCCCGGCUCUACGUGCACCGCGCGGAGGCCGCAAGCGACAGCUCGGCCAAGGUACGGGUAGGGAGGGCGGUGGCGCAGCUGCUGGAGGCCAUGGACCGCGCCCGCGAGCUGCUGGGCUUUUUGGAGGCGCUGCACAAGUCAGGGCGUAUGGAGGCGGUGCUACAGAGCGGAGUGCUGCGCGAAGAGCCAAGGUCCGGCAAUGCUCAGGCGACCGCCUUGGCGUUACUUUGCCUUCAGCCGCUGCGUGACUUCGUGAUCUCCGACAGCACCAUGUGGCCGGUGGUUCAGAUGUGCACAGCUUUGAUCUCGGAGGUGGUCAAAGAAGACGCGGAUGGAGCGGCAGGUGGGGCAGUGGCUGAUGCUCUUUGCCGCGAGCUGCAGGAGCGCUGCCCGAGGAUCUUUGCCCAGGUGGAUUUGCGCUUGACGAAGGAGACGCAGUCGCAGCGGGCGGUCGUAUGCGUCUUGCGGAGGUACUGCAGCGCGCUGAACGGGGAUCAGCUGCCUUUGGCGCUGCGAAGGUUAGCCAAGGAGGACCCAGCCAGUGCUUCGGACCUGUGUGCGGAGAAGAUCCAAGAGCUGCAGGUCGAUGACGCCCGGGACCUGCUGGCCGCGCUGCUGGACGCCAUUUGCCUGGAUGACGUGCCAGCCACAGCUCGAGCUGUCGAGUCUUUCCUGCAGAGGACAAAGUCCUGGCGCGGCAACAGUGAGGCCUUGAUCCAUCACAUGGUCGUGGACCAUUUGCUCAGCAGUCCUCGACUGCACAGACUGCUGGAAGAGAUGCUCCAGUCCGACGUGGUGAACUGGGCGGAGGUGCUGCAGCAGCGUGCGAACAAGAGCCGCUUCGCCGGGGAGUUGCUGUGGAAGUACCACCAGCAGCGCGGCCACGCGCGCCCGGCCUGGGCCCAGCUCCAGCGCCUGGUGGAGACGCCGCAGUUCUACAGCCUGAAAGACCGCAUCAGAUACUUGCACCAAGCGAAGGAGCAGAAAAAGGCGCAGCCCAAGGAGGAGUUGUCACUGCGCUUGGAGGCAGCCGAGCAAUUGCAGCUGCCGCUGUUCAAUGAGCUCCAAGUGCUGGCCACUGAGGCCUCGGAUGAGAGGUGGCGCGCGGCGGCCAGAAAGAGGUGCCAGGAGUUGAACCAAUUGCAGGGCCUCAAGGAGCUCUACGAGGUCGCUGGGGAGUUUGGUCUUUGGCAUUUGCAGCUCGCCAUCGCUGGCUACUCAGGAGUGAAGAUGGCUCAUGAUGUGGCCACAACCUUGUGGGUUGGCCUGCUGUUCCCGCCUGAGUGCCUGUAUGCAGAGGCCGCAAAAAGCCCUUGCGAGCUGUUCCCUUUGCUGAUGCUGCGCCGGCAGCGAUUCUUUUUGUCUGCGACUGAGGAAGCUGCUUCGUUGUCGCCCACCCGGCCGCUGCUGCGGUCGCGGGUGCUCGGCUUCUUGCAGGAGCUAAGGGAGGUUGCCCCGACCAACCACCAUCUAUGGCACGCCAGAUGUGUCGCCACCCUCCUGGAGUUCAGCAACUGCCUGUGGCUGCAAAGCUUGGAGGCACCCAGUUCUCUUGAAGGCGCAGGCGACGCCUCAGCUGGUUCGCCGCUCAUUGAUGAGACGCGCUUGUGGGUGGCCACUGAAGUGCUUAAGGCGGAGCCCUUUUCCCUGUCGCUGCCGGACCUCGUGAACUUCUAUGCUGAGAUGAUCGCGCAGUUGCACGCCUGGCACAAGGACCUGCAGGACGUCCUGCCGGCGAAGCUUCGGGAAGCAGCACUACCAAGCGAAGAGGAGACGUGCACCUGCAUUUGUCCCAAGUGGCUGUGGUGGUGGUGGCCAAUUGGCUCCAAGAGGCGGACCGCAAAGUUCGGGGCUCCGAGCCGGAGGGCGAGCGGGACUUCGCGCGGGUCUGGCGACGCUCGGCGGACGGCCUACUGGCAGGCCUAUGCCUGCGCCUCAAUCGUGCAAAGAAUCCAGUAG